AUGGAAGCAAUCGACGACAAUGACACGGCUCCCGGUCCAGAAAUUCUUUCAGACAACGUUGAGAAUAGCAGAACCAGCAGUCAGGUGCCUCAAGAUGAUGCAAGGCAGGAUGGUGGGAAUGCUGCCGGGAAGGACCAGCAGGAGCAAGCAAGCGAACAGCCCCCAUCCCGGUUGGGGGCCCCGUCCGCCAAGCAGAACCAGUCCAUCCAGAACACCCGUCAUGACAAGGCGCUCAUGAGACGGCUGUUCACUCUUUCGAGGGAGGUAUUUCGAGCCUACAUGCCUGCAUCGGGUGACCAUGUCAAUCACCAUGUGUGUGUACGCUUUUGGGGGGCAGUCGACGAGAUCUUUCGGCAAGUCAUCUGGGAUGUCAUGGACUUGAGAGGUGACCCCGGCGAGUUAUUUGCAGUCGCUGACUUUGACAACCCUGCAAAGGAAAUGUUCGUGCAGCACAGCAAGUCCUGGGCCAGAUGCUCGGCGUGUUCGGGCAAGGAGCACUACGUCCGGGAACUGCAUACUCUCGUGGCCAGUGCCAGUCCGCAGUCUACCAAGGUGCGCCCACCACUCCCCAGCAAGGUGGUAUACGCGUUCCAGGAGGUGCUUUCGAUGUACGUCAUCCAAGCCCAUCUGCUCUCGUUUUACAAUCGCCGAAGGUCUGCGUCCCUUCGCCAAAAAGCGUACAUUAAGGCCAAAAUUGAAAGGCUCAUCAGACAGGAGGAAGUGAGCAAGGGACUGGCAUAUGACUACCUACAAGACGCGAAGAAGGAUAUCAUCCUGAUGAAGGGCACCACUCGGCAUAUCGACGGUCUUGGUAUCGAGUCCGUCGGGGCCGAGUUCCUGCUCAUGGCGCUUGUUGCAAAUUUACAAAACAGACCCGUUCUGCCGCACGCUUCAUCAACCAAUCCUGGGAAGCCGGACUUUCUCUUGCUGUACCAGCGUUACGUGUCAGAGUUGCGUUUUGAAGCCAACCGCCGACCGAAGAAACGAGUGUUCCUGGAUAUCCGCGCGCUGGAGGAGGAGCUGGAUGCUUUGCAUGGCCUGCUCGACUCGCAGGAGACAGUCUUGGACAACUACCUCAAGUUGCUGAAUCCGGGCUCCAUGCACCCAACGACUGGGGAUAGGGUGGGCUUAUUCAGAAUCGAGCGAGACUUCGGCCGCCGUCAACAGAGGGUCCUUCGUUCCAAAGCGCAAACCAUCAACACUCUGCGCGAAAAGUCUCAAUUCUUGAAAGAGCAGGUCAAGCAGACAAUUGAGAUUCUGGAGGAGGACCACGGCAAGGCAAUCCGAGUGUUCACCUUUGUCACACUGCUAUUCUUGCCCCUGUCAUUUGUGACCAGUUUCAUGGGCAUGAAUGUCACUGAUAUUCGGGACACGGAAUUCUCGCAGAAGAUCUUCUGGGCAACAGGAUUGCCCGUCACACUUCUGGUGGUCUUGAUCGCUUUACUAUAUGCGUACCGGGGCGAGGCGUUGCAGGAUUGGGUCUGGCGCAGUGUGAGGCCACGCAGGGUGAGGGGAGGACGAAAUAUGGGCGGUGGAUUUGCUUGGACGGACGAGUUUACCGGGGAUGGCGAUGCGAUGCUUGCGCAUCGGGCCAGCAUGAAAGUGGCCAAGGGAAUCAUUCACGUGGACAGUGACAAGCACUGGGCUCAAGCGACGGCGGAAUCCCGGAGGUCUAGGGUCACGCGCCCCGUGCCCAUGGAACCCGUCGUCUACGAAGAAACGCCUCUCGCCGCAUACCUGCGCGCCGAUGCCGGCUCUGGCGACGAGAGCGAAUGGGGCGCCGCCGUACAGCAACACGACGAGGACAACGACGACAACGAGGACGGCCACGAUCAGAGCAGUGUCAUGUCCGCAUCGCCUAGUCCCAGUCCUCGCUUCGCGCCAACGGGACGACCGCAUAUUCGGGGCGGCCCCAAGAAGAGCGCUGCGCUACCGAGACUGGACAUUCGACCCCUGGGGAGGGGCGCUAUGGCACAAAGGGGUCUCAAGAGGAACUACAGCACAGCCGUGGCGGCAAGCAUCGACCGGGCGGACAACGCAAAGUUUCUCGAAAAAUUCCGAUACGUGAUUGUGGCGUCGCAGUUGCUCAGCGGGCAUUCGAUACCGGGGCCGUCGCAGGGCCCCCUCGACCCGGGCGAUGGCAUGGCAGGGUCGGACGGGCCGACGUUUUCGACCGAGGGGAUGGCGGCGUCUGUCCUAGGCGCGUUGGCCGUCGCGACGGUGUUGAGCUGGGUACUGGGCAAGGGAACGACCCGUGUGACGAAGAAGAGGCUGGUGUUUCUGGGGGCGCUGGCUGCGGCGGGUGUGCUCCUUGGCCAGGUUUACAUGAAGCGACAAUGGCUACGAUAUCGGAGAGAGCAGUCGCUUGCAGAGGUGGCAGCCUUUGUGGCGGCCUCGCAAGAAUUAGACGGGGUCGUCGGGUCGGCACUCUCGCUGAUUCAGGAUGUCGGCCUCGUAUCGCGAGGAUACCGGAUCUCCGCGCCGCUACCCCCCGUCUCGCGCAUCGAGGACAAGGUCCAAGACCGCAAGUGUGCGCGCCUGCGCAAAGCGCUCCGAUCGACCAUUGCAGACGUGCUGAAGACGUACAUCCAGGUGUCGACGGUUGUUCGCGGGUUCGCCGAGCAGACAAAUCUGGAGAAGUACCUCGACAUCUACGAGAUAAGCGACUUUGACAUUUCCGACGCGAACCGCGGCUUCGACGAGGAAGAAUUUGACGACCCAGAAUCGCUGCGCACCCUCAAGAUCGCGGUGAGCCGGUUCCACAUUAUCCGCAAAGUGUUCUUGUGCUCUCUGCUGGCACUGGACGCGAACGGGGAGAGUUCGGACCUGAUGCGCUGGACAACGGCCGUCGAAGCCCUGAGGAGCUUGAAUGAGAGCACCAAGGCGAGCAUGGUCAAAUUGCGUGAUCUGCUGCACGAGGAGGAGUCAUUUCCGCCGCCCUCAGCCCCAAAGACACCCCUGACACCGGGGAGGGAACGAUGGCGAUCACAGCUGCACAAGCUCAACUCGCUGGGCUCGGGUAUCCGUGGCCUGGGGGCUAAACUGCAACUGCUGCGCGAGGAGUCGGACAGAGCGCUCAACGACUCGCAGGAUCUGACGGAGCUGGCCCCUCACCUCCUGACACAGUAUGAGUCCAUCGGCAGCGACCUCAAGGAGCUCAUGUCUGUGUGGGAGGAGGGCAAGGCCGCGCUUGCCCAGGGCAUCGACCGCAACGAGAAGAGGCUCUCCUCGAUGAGCGCGCUCAUCUCGCCGACCACAUCCCUGAGCGGCCUCACCACGGUGGACGAGGAGGGCGAUGCCGCCGCCGCGCUCAAGAAGCUCACGGGCGAGUCUCCGCUGCCGUCGGACGAGCCGGAGCGCGAGGUGUUUGAGGCUGUGGCGCUGCCCCGACAACGCAGCACGUUGACGCGCGAGGAGCGGAUCGCCAAGGUGAAGGAGGAAAGAGAGCAGAGAGCCACGGCACGACAACACGUGGAGGCCACGAGGGGCAUGAUGAAGGAGUUGGAGACCGUCAUCAACCUCCGCCCUCGCACCAGGACGAGCGCGCCUCCUGGGAAUACAAGGGUCAUGUCCAUGUGA